UCUUUCCUUGCGGGCGACUUCCUCCUAUUGUCCCUGCCCAGCUCCUCAACUGCCUGAGUGUUUCCCAAAUGUUUUUUCUGGAUGCACCAUGUACCCUUUUGUGUUUUCAGCAACUGCCGACCCUUUACGUGCACGCUCUAUUUCUGCUGUUAAAAUAAUCCCUGUGAAGACAAUGAAAAACUCUGCAGGCCUAGUACUCCCUCCAGACACGGAUCCUACAAAAAUCUGCACUGGGAAAGGAGCGGUGACUCUCCGGGCCUCGUCCUCCUAUAGGGAAAUGCCGAGCGGAAGCCCUGUGAGCCCUCGAGAAACCCCACAGCAUGCGGGGACACCAGUUCUGGAGUCAGAGAAUUCCUCAGCAGAUGAGUGGAGGCUUUCUUCCAAUGCCGAUGCCAAUGGAAACGCCCAGCCCUCUUCACUUGCUGCCAAGGGCUACAGAAGCGUGCAUCCCAGCCUUCCUUCCGACAAGCCCCAGGUCCUCUCUCCCCCACGUCGUCCUCCUCACCCUAUGGAGGACCGCUUUGCAUGGCAGUCCCCCAGCACCCACAGCCCCUACAAGGACUCCCUCUACCUGAGCUCACCCAAGCCUUACAUCCCGCCCAGCACCCUCAGCCAGCAGAGCCCCUCACGACCCCAGCUGGUCCCUGUCGCCUUGGCAGCCAGAUCAGCCCCCAAAGGUGUGCCACGUCCCAGGCCCCCGCUUCCGGGUUCCACGUUCCCCGGCGCUUCGGCCCAACCCCAGCAGCGCUAUGCAGCCGCCAGGACAGUUGAGAGAGAGAAUGUGAGCUCUAACCCACGUCAUGAGGCAGUUGGGAAUAAAAAGGUCAGCAGCUUAUAUGUACCUUGUUUAUCGCACAACAUUCGCCGGGUGGCAUCGGAAAGCCUCUCCCUUGUUGCACGUGACCCAGCCAAAGGCACUCCCUGGGAAGCUGCAGGCACUCGAGCACCGGCGCCCAGCCUUGUCUCCCACACCGCCGGCACAGGAAGGCCACCCUCUGCUCCUCCUCCUGACCCUCCCAAGCUAUUCUUUGACAUCCGUAAAGAUGCCGUUAACCGUGGCAGGAGUCCUUCCCUGGGGACUCAGUCUCCGUUCCCAGAUGCAGUGAGACCACCUGUGCUAGGCCCCCAGGUUACCUCUGAUCCCGAAAACCGGAAGAGAAAAGAGCCUUACCUUUUGCAGCCGUGGUGUCCAGCCAAGGAUGCCACGUCCUCCAGCCCAGCCCAGCCCGAGGUCAUAGUUGUCCCUCUCUACCUGGUUAACACUGACAGAGGUCACGAAGGCACUGACAGACCCCCGGCAUCUCUGGGGCCGCCCGGCCCCCCAGUCCCGGCGACCACCCCCGCCGGCUCACCUCUGGCCUUGCCGACUCUAGAUGAUUUCAUUCCCCCUCACCUGCAGAGGUGGUCCCACCACAGCCAGCCAGUCCGUGCUCCUGGCUCCUUCCCUCCCGCGAGCCAGACGCCACCAUCCUUCUCACCACCGCCUCCGCUGGUCCCUCCGGCGCCCGAGGGCCUCCGCAGAGCCGCGGAGCCUGGCCUCAAGGGAGCUGUUUCAAGUACCGACUCAAGUCCCCCACUAAAUGAAGUCUCUUUGUCCCACGUUGGAACUGAUUCCCAAACCUCUGCACAAGUGAGCAAGCCACCAUCUGCCUACCCCUCCACGACAAUCGUCAACCCCACCAUCGUGCUCCUGCAGCACAACCGAGAACAGCAGAAGCGACUCAGUAGCCUUUCAGAUCCUGUCUCGGAAAGAAGAGUGGGGGAGCAGGACGUGGCACCGACUCAGGAAAAGCCUAGCUCCCUGGGCAGGGCUCCUGAGAGGAAGGCAAAGGAUGACAGCAGGCGGGCGGCUAAGAGCGCUCAGGACCUGAGCGAUGUGUCCAUGGAUGAAGUGGGCAUCCCCCUCCGGAACACUGAGAGAUCAAAAGACUGGUACAAGACCAUGUUUAAACAGAUCCACAAACUGAACAGAGACACUCCUGAAGAAAACCCUUAUUUCCCUACGUACAAAUUCCCUGAACUUCCUGAAAUCCAGCAAAAUUCUGAAGAGGACAAUCCUUACACUCCUACCUACCAGUUUCCUGCAUCUACUCCUAGUCCUAAAUCUGAAGAUGAUGAUUCAGAUCUGUACUCUCCUCGAUAUUCCUUUUCUGAAGACACAAAAUCUCCCCUUUCUGUGCCUCGCUCAAAAAGUGAGAUGAACUAUAUUGAUGGUGAGAAGGUAGUUAAGAGGUCGGCCACACUUCCCCUCCCGACCCGCUCUUCUUCGCUAAAAUCAAGCCCAGAGAGAAACGACUGGGAGCCCCCAGAUAAGAAAGUGGAUACAAGAAAAUACCGGGCAGAGCCCAAAAGCAUUUACGAAUAUCAGCCGGGCAAGUCCUCCGUUCUGACCAACGAAAAGAUGAGUCGGGAUAUAAGCCCAGAAGAGAUAGAUUUAAAGAAUGAACCUUGGUAUAAAUUCUUUUCGGAAUUGGAGUUUGGGAAACCGCCUCCCAAAAAGAUAUGGGAUUAUACUCCUGGAGACUGCUCUAUCCUUCCUAGAGAGGAUAGAAAGACUAACCUAGAAAAAGAUCUCAACCUCUGCCAAACAGAGUUAGAGGCAGAUUUAGAAAAACCGGAGACGCUUAAUAAAGCACCCAGUGCAAACCUGUCACAGAGCUCUGCAGUCAGCCCCACUCCGGACAUUUCUUCAGAGCCUCCUGGAUAUAUAUAUUCUUCCAACUUCCACGCCGUGAAGAGGGAAUCAGAUGGGGCUCCUGGGGAUCUUGCUAGCUUGGAGAGCGAGAGGCAGAUUUACAAAAGCGUCUUGGAAGGAGGAGACAUCCCUCUCCAGGGCCUGAGCGGCCUCAAGCGGCCAUCCAGCUCAGCCUCCACUAAAGAUUCAGAAUCACCAAGGCAUUUUAUACCAGCUGAUUACUUGGAAUCCACAGAAGAAUUCAUUCGAAGACGUCAUGAUGAUAAAGAGAAACUUUUAGCGGACCAGAGACGACUUAAGCGCGAGCAAGAAGAGGCCGAUAUUGCAGCUCGACGCCACACGGGCGUCAUUCCAACGCACCAUCAGUUUAUCACUAAUGAGCGCUUUGGGGACCUCCUCAAUAUAGACGAUACGGCAAAAAGGAAAUCUGGGUCAGAGAUGAGACCUGCCAGAGCCAAGUAUGACUUUAAAGCUCAGACACUAAAGGAGCUUCCGCUGCAGAAGGGAGACAUCGUUUACAUCUGUAAGCAGAUAGAUCAGAACUGGUACGAAGGAGAGCACCACGGCCGGGUGGGGAUCUUCCCACGCACCUACAUUGAGCUUCUCCCUCCCGCUGAGAAGGCUCAGCCCAAAAAGCUGACACCAGUGCAGAUCCUGGAAUACGGCGAAGCCGUCGCCAAGUUUAACUUUAACGGUGACACGCAAGUAGAAAUGUCCUUCAGAAAGGGCGAGAGGAUCACACUGCUUCGACAGGUGGACGAGAACUGGUACGAAGGGAGGAUCCCGGGGACGUCCCGGCAAGGCAUCUUCCCCAUCACCUAUGUGGACGUGAUCAAACGGCCACUGGUGAAAAACCCCGUGGAUUACAUCGACCUGCCUUUCUCCUCCUCCCCAAGCCGCAGUGCCACUGCAAGCCCUCAGUUUCCUGGUCCUAGCAAGCUCACCAUGCCAGCCCCCUCAUCUCUGCCCCACGCUCACCGAGCCCUGUCCCCUGAGAUGCAGGCUGUCACCUCUGAGUGGAUCUCGCUGACUGUAGGGGUCCCGGGCAGGCGCCCUCUGGCCCUGACCCCACCCUUGCCUCCUCUGCCCGAGGCUUCUGUCUACAGCACUGACUCCCUGGCCUGGUUGGCGAGGCCCAGCCCCUCCCUGUCCCUCAGCCUCCCCCAUUCAAGCUGGUCGGACCGGUCCACCCUACACUCGGCAGUCUCCCCACUGGCCCUGCCUCCUCCGCACAAAGCCUGUUCCCUGGUGCCUGGUGCCCAGGGCUCCCUCCAAGUCAACGGAGACAGUGGUACCCACGUGUCACCUCUGGGGCUCCACCAGGAUAGCUUCUCCCAGCUGCGGCUUGGGAGUUCUGACAGGGUCAUCUCGGAGCUUAGUGACGCCUUUAGCAGCCAGGGUAGGCAGCAGCCGUGGCGAGAAGAAAGAGGACCACAUGAGAGGAAAGCAGAGAGGGAGGCAGGUGAGACAUGCCCAGGUGGACCCGCCAUCUCUAAGAAGAGCUGCCUGAGACCUUCAGACGUGGUCCGGUGCCUGAGCACCGAACAGAGACUCGCAGAGCUCCACAGCCCUGAGGAGAGCCGGCCCCGCCAGGCCCUGGGUAGCCCUUUCCCGGGAAGGGAGGCCAAGCACACAGAGCUGCAUAGAGGUGGCGAGCAGGCCGAGAGGAAGGCCGCUCGGACUGGUGCGAGCCAGCCUUCUCAUCAUUCAUUGAGAGCAGGACCUGAUCUCACAGACUCUGAAAAGAGCUAUGUGCAACCUCAAGCCCAGCAGCGAAGAGUCACCCCAGACAGGAGUCAAACCUCCCAGGAUUUACUUAGCUACCAAGCACUGUAUAGCUAUAUUCCACAGAACGAUGACGAAUUGGAGCUCCGAGAUGGAGAUAUUGUUGACGUCAUGGAGAAGUGUGACGAUGGGUGGUUUGUCGGUACUUCAAGAAGGACAAGGCAGUUUGGUACUUUCCCAGGCAACUACGUAAAGCCUUUGUAUCUAUAAGAAGACUGAAAACCACAGAGAUGAUUUUUAUUGAUGGAUGAAGCAUAAUUCAUGAACCGGUCUCUUUAUUUAAAUGUCAAAUCAGUAGGAAAACUAAUGCAGUGGAUAAAGUAAGAAGCAAAAGAAAGGACAGAGAAGUGUGGUGUUUAAACCCUGAGCCUGUCUGAGCUUACUGCCUAUCAGACAGGGCUGAACCAUGCAAAAAAGGAAUGACGCAAAUCUGUAUUUACUUAGCUGCUGCUGGGAGCCACUCCAGUCCUGCCCUGCCCUCCCCGGCUUAGGUAUCUGACCUGCAGCUCAGUCCAGGAGCAGCAAGGUCUGACCCAGGCUUGCCCAGCUUUGGCUCAAAAGGGCUGUUUAGCCUGCGGGACCCUCGGAACACCUGGCAGGCCCCCAGCCAUUCUCCAAGGCUCCACACAGACUCCCCCAUCACCCCACAGUCCACCGAUCCCCCAGCACGGCUAGAGAUCAGACAGGGCUGGAGGGGCACUCCCUAGGCAGCCCCCCACUACCCCAGACCAUGUCCCUCACUGGGGGGACAUGGGGAAAUGGGGUGAAAGUUGGCACCAUGCUUUUUGCCUGCAUACAGCCUUGCCAUGGAUACCCCUGCUUUUCAGACAAAAAAAGCACACAAGGCUUGCCCAUGGAGCAGGGUGGCCAGGCAGAUGGGUAAAUUUGUAUUUCCGGGUGAUUAAAACAAGCCCUGUAGCUCUUGAGGGCCGUUGCAGUGGCUCCUUUUCUGUAUCACUGGCUUUUAUAGGUUCAUUUACCAGAAUGCCAUUGCUACCCUUCCCUUUCUGGGUUGUUUUUGGCCAGGACAGCUUAGGGUUGAUAGACAUGUUCUCACAGAGAACCAAGGCUGGUGUUCAGUGAGUCAUUGAACAUGGACCCCGAUGUACACUGGGCGCCGGUGCUCCCGGUGGAUAAGGUUCACCGUGUCUCCAUUUUCACUCCCUGUAGGAGUCCAAGGGCCACUCCAAGUGUGGUGACCCACCCAGGGCUGUGACUCCUGAUGCACCCUGGGAGGCUCCUCUGCAGAGUGGAAGGUGCAGGCGCAGUGACCCUAAGUGUGAGGCAGCAAGUCUGCGUCUCCCAGAGGUCUGUCCUUCGCGGGGCCAGAGCCGAGCAGGGAGGCCGCUGUGAUGCCCACGGUGUUCAGUCACAACUGUAUCCAAUUCAAGGAUGUUUAUCAGCCUCUCUGUUGGAUGCCUUGGAGACAAAGAUAGAAAUGAGCCAUCCCCUGCCUCCCAGGAACUCAGUGGUGACUGGGGAGAUGGACACACAAAAAUAAUCAAGAGAGACUGUGAUAUGUGCUAAGAAGGGUGUGAGAGGAAGAGUUGAAUUUUCCCUGAAGGGAUCUUAGAAAGCAUUGUCUUAUUUCUGUCUCCAUUCACUCACUUUUUGAACAACUCGGGUACUGGAGGAAGUUUUGUCCGUGGGUAGUUUAUGGCUGGAACUAUUUGGCACUAUCUUCACGGUCUUCAGCCUCUCAUCCUUCCCACAAAUACACAUCCAAGGUCACAGACAGUAGCAAUUCCAGCUCAGUAGGAUGUAUACAGAGACCUCGGCAACUCUGCAUAGAGCUCAGAAUUGUCCCAGGAGCAAUGUCCCAAAUUCUGGAGUCUUUAUAAAUUAUAAGGAGGCAGAGUUUGUCUUCAGGGCCUCUGCCUCCAGUUUCAUCUUAGGACGCCAUUAGCUGCCCACCCCUCCACAUCAGGCAGCCACAGUAUCCUCCCUUUCUCUCCCUGGCCUUCUUUCAAAUGCUGCUCUCAGGAAAGCAACUGGCCACGGAUUCCUUCACACUAAAGUGUAAGUGACUGAUAAGAGGAAUGUGUUACCACCUUCCAGAGACAUUCGUUUUUAACUAGCACAGAGCAGAGCCUUAAUCCCAAGGGAAAAGGCUGUGGAACUAAUUCAUGGUGGAGGUGGGGCUGGGGGUACAGGUGGGGUGGAUGAGCUUCCUGGGGCAAAGUGACUCCUCGCUAUUCUCUAAGGCUCAUUGCUUUGGAAGGUCCACCUCACCAUCUAAGGGCAUUGUGUUUGUCUCUCCUCUCCGCCCAGGGAAUACAGUCCAAGUGCACAUGCACAUGCAUUUUGCACAGCAGCAUUUCACCCAUUUUGGAACGUAAUUCUUAUAUUGGCUAAUGUGUUUCCUGGUCUUUCUUAGAUGCAAAUCAUUAAUAACAUGAUCUUGUAAGUUUUUUGAGGGGUGCUUACAAAGUAGGUAAUUUUGAACACCUCUUUAAAUACAGCUAGAAAAUAAACCAAUUUGUAAAGCCACAUUUGCAUAUGAUGCCAGCCUCACAACUUUGUAUAUCUCCAGCCUCCCAGGUAUGCCUCACCCGAUUUGCCCGUUGUUGAUACACAUGUUAAAAUUUGCAUCAAACUUCAGCUUCCUGACAAAACAAGGAACAAAGGGUUCCAAUUGCUCCUUUGUCUUCAGACAUUUAGUAAUACAAAAUACCUAUUUUUAUGCUGAGAUAUUUAUACAGGUUUAUUAAUCGCAAGUGCAACUAACUGGCGGCAUGCCCUGCAACACGUUUUGAUAGAUUAGCCAUGCUUCUGGGUUAAGGCAAGCCGCAAACUACUCAUCUUUUGCAGUCUCUACUGGGAUCAGUACAUGGAAAAAAAUAUCAUAUGCUUAAGAAGUGGGACUGUAAAUAUGUAUAUUUAACUCUGUAUAGCCCAUGUACCUACUUUGUAUAGAAAAAUAAUUUUAAAAAUUUGAACUGAAGGGGGGUAAAAUAAGGAAGUCAUGAAGUUUUUUGCAUUUUUAUUUAAAUGAAGGAAUUCCAAAUAACUUACCUGCAGAUUUUUAGCACAAAAAUAGCCAUUGUAAAGUGUAAUUUUAAAUCAUUCUGAGACAGAAGGUAACUGUUCUCAGUUAUAGUGGUUUUUUGUUUUUAAUUUCUUUUUCUUUUUUUGCAGUCCUAUUUAUCUGCAGUAGUAUUAAGUCCUAUUGCUAGAAUAGGUUACUACAAGAAAGAUUAUAUUCUGAAAGAGAAAUAACUGAUCUUAUAUAUAACCAAUUAAUUUAAAGUAUUGCCAUUUAGAUUACACACCAAGAGCAUGUACUAUGCACAGAUUUUUCUGUUCAUCUGUUUUUCUUUAUUGCAGUGGAUUGAUUUGGCAAAUAGAGGUUGAAUGACUACAUUUGCUGCUGUACAUACUAUUUAAUAAACUUUAUUUAGAAUUGCGUGGCA